AUGUCUAUCCCCGCAAAUCUUGUCCCCGAUGACUGGACCACUGACCCGGAGGAGAUGGAAAAGGACUUCUAUUGGGGAGACAAGGGGCGGGGUCGGUUGGCUGCAGCAGCUGUCGGUAUCACCAACCCGGAAGGCCUCAUGAUCAAGGACAGGGAAGAAGGAGGAGAUGCCUACCUGUUCCAGGACGCAAAUGGGAUCUACAUGUGGAGUAUGCCUACGAAUGAGGUGUACAAGUACACCAAGCCUACCAGUCGCGAUGACAUUCUAGCCGAGAUGCGUAAGCCCGCGGGUCGCGGAAAGGUGGAAAUGACGUUGAUGCCUCGACGUUCUUAG